AGCCUGGGAGUGGCAGAGUGGAGGAAAGGAAGUGGAGGAAAAAAGAAGGGAGGAGGAGGACAAGAAGGUUGAGCAGCCGUGAGCGAUUUCCGGGAUUUCCUUAAAAUAUCCACGGGCAAGCAAUCCUGCAGCCUACAGCAGCAGUGUGUUUGUCAGCAUGGCUGAGGGCUCUGUGUUGACAGCAGAGGUGGAGAUGUCCUUCCACAAAUUUGCCAUUCAUGGUGACACCAAGGCGACGGGGAAGGAGAUGAACGGCAAGAACUUUGCCAAAAUCUGCAAGGACUGUCUCAUCACUGACGGCAAGAAUGUCACCACUACAGAUGUUGACAUCGUCUUCACCAAAGUCAAGUCCAAGUCAGCUCGUGUAAUCACAUUUGAGCAGUUCAUCAUGGCCUUGACUGAGCUGGGCCCGAAGCGCUUCAAAGGCAAGAGUAAAGAGGAAGCUCUCCAGCUCCUCUAUGGGCUCAUUGUUGGCAAGGAGCCUGCCAAUGCUGGAAUCACUAGACCAGCAAAGGCAGCGGCUGUGGACAGACUGACCGACACGUCCAAGUACACAGGAACACACAAGGAGAGAUUCGAUGAUUCAGGAAAAGGAAAGGGAAAGCUUGGACGCGAGGACAUCCCAGACAGUAGUGGCUAUGUUGCAUCUUACAAGGGAAGCGGCACUUAUGAUGACAAAGUGAAGGAAUCCUAAUCCUGAAGACACACAUACGAUUUUGGUCUUUCUAUAUUUUCAGGUAAUAUGCACGUAUUGGCAAGCAUAUAAACUGAAUUUGUGCUUAACUUUGUGCCUUAUUAUGCAAAUCUCAAAUGUGAAAUGCUCUUCCAAAUAUUCUAACAUUGUAUUUUUGGAAUGGAGAUUCAUUUAUCUGGUGUCAGGCAAUGACAAUAAUACCAGCCUUGUCACCUUGUCAAUUGAUCACUAUUUAUCCCAUUUACAUCAUUGAAAAAAAGGGAUAACAGGAAAGAAUUCAUAUAAUAAAAUUCUAAAUAUCAAAUUGGCUUUAGUAAACACUUUGCCAAAGAUGAGAUAUUUUUGCUGAUAUGCCAAAAAAAAACUGCUUGAAUACUGCGUGUCAUACUAAUCUGCAGCUAACAAUGUCAGGCCUGAAACUGGUGUCUUUUAAUGACAUUUAGGAGCAAGAGUGGCACAACAAACAGAAGUGGAAAAUGUUCAUCUAGAUUGCUCCUCCUUGGAUGCCGAAAUUGAGUGUUCAUGUGUCUGUGUCUCUGCAUCUCAAUAUAGCCUAAAGUAACCUGAUAAACAGCACCUGAUAAAAAUCCUUUCCUUUCACAUCCGUGGCAUAUGAUUAAAAUUAAAGUUUAACUAGUAUAGUACAUUAUGUUUAUAUUCAAGGAAAAGUGGGGGAAAUGUAAUUUACUAUAUUUUAGUCAUGUGCUAUCAACAAUUAAGUACCCAGUGUAGUAGAGUAAAAAGAUAUUGAAUGAGUCGAUUUACCUUUAUAUUGCCACACUUAAGCCAUUAAGUUGAGCUCUCAAUACUGUCUUUGCAAAAGGAUUGCAUAUUACUAAUAUAGACUUUGUGGAUGUGCAGCAUGUAGGAUUUAGACCUAAUAAAUGAAAAUUGCUUGUGGAACGAAGUAGCACCAUUGCAGUGUCACUGCUAGACUGAUUGUAAUUAAGUAAAAAAUUCAAUAAAGGAAUUACUUUUACAACAU